AUGUGGAUUAUUUUUUAUACUAUCGCUCUUUUUGUUUCAAUAACUGAAGCUAUACCACGAACUGAUGUAACGGUUUCCGGUUUAUCUUCCGGUGCUGCAAUGACAGCUCAGUUACAUCUUGUCUUUUCAUCUACAAUCAGUGGAAGUGGUAUUCUUGCCGGCCCUCCAUAUUAUUGUGCUGAAGGUAGUUCGACUAGAGUUAAUACUUGCUUGUAUGGUCCAACUACAUUGAUUCCUAUCGAAAAACUUACAAGUCAAUUACAAUCAUAUGUUUCAGCUGGUAUUGCUGAUCCAACAUCAAAUCUUAAAAAUGAUCCAGUAUAUAUAUUUUCUGGUAGAUUUGAUCCUGUAGUUUUUCCAGAUGUUGUUAAACUCAAUGAAAACAUUUUUUCGUCAUUUGAUACUAAUAUAAAAACAAAUUACGAGAUGCGAGCUACUCAUGGUUUUAUGACAGAUAAUUUUGGUGGGCUAUGCGAAUUUCCUGAUUUAAAAUACUUUAUUAAUAAUUGUUUGGCUUAUGAUGUGUUAAAUCACAUAUUUGGUGGAAAUCUUACUAAACCUACAAAACAAGUGCCACUUACGGGUCAAUUUGUUAUUAUUGAACAACCAGCACUUAUGAAUCCAGAAUCAAUUAAUAGCACAAAUUCAAAAAAGAUAGAUAUCUUUUCAUACUGGGCAAAUUGGUUAAAAAAUUCAGCGGCUACGCAUAAACCAUCAUUUCAAUUACAGCCACUUAAACUUCCUGGUUUAACUGAAACCUCAUCGAUUGGUGCGUCUGGUUUUGAUAAAGAAGGUUAUGUUUAUUAUCCAACAAACUGUACUCAAGGAAAGAAAUGUCCAAUUCAUGUAGCUCUUCAUGGAUGUCUACAAGGUAAAUGGCGCAUUGGUGAUGUAUUUGCUAAGAAAACGGGUUACUUGGAAGUUGCUGAACUUAAUAACGUAAUUAUAUUAUUUCCACAAAUUAUUGCAACACAGACUGAUCCUUCAAAUAAAGAUGGUUGUUGGGAUUGGUGGGGUUAUGGUUCUCCUAAUUAUGCUAGUAAAUUAGGCGCACAAAUGGCAGGUGUUAAGAAAAUGAUUGAUAGCUUAAGAGCUAUUAAUGCUGCUUUAAAUGCUUAA